AAAGAUAAAGCAUAAAUAUUGUUUUGAUGGAGAACAAAGGAAUUGAUUGUCUAAUUUGAUACGGAGAGUAUGAGAACAAACAUGGAGGCAUUAGUUGUUCCCAAGAUCAUUUUUGAUGACAAGACUGAUUCGGUAAUAUGGCUCAAGACAUGUUUGAACACAGUCAGACCAAAAUUCCUGCAAAGUGCUUUGAAUGUCAAGAGGAACUCAACAAAGACCAAGUACUAAAGUUGAUGGAUUCAACCAAAGUUGGAUUAUACAAACUAUACUGUGCAAGAACUGAGAUUGAUCCAAAGAGCCAGAAAGUACAAAAGUGACCAUACUGCACUUACUACGAAAUAUGGGACAUCAACAAUAACUCCCACAUCUUUUACUGUCAAGAAGACAGUUGAAGAAAAGUCUGAUGUUUCAUCUGCAACAGAAAACUCAAAGUUGCUUCUUCUUCCAAAGACAAAGAGAGUAUUGAAGUUCAAGAAGAAGUGCUGUCUCAUUCUAAAUGAGCUGCAUUCCUGACCAUGCAAGCUGAUUGGGAGACCGCCAUGAGUCCUGGACAACAGAGGAAAUGUCCUGGAUGUGGACUCGGAGGCACAAAGGACGAAGAUUGCACCAAGAUGACUUGCGUUCGCUGAAGUACUUUGUGGUGCUAUAUCUGAGGCAUGAGUGAAGCCCAAGUUGAAAGAGAAAGCGUCGAUUCAAACUUUGGCCAACAUUUUUUAGGUUGGGAAACAAAUUCUAAAAGAUGUCCAAAGAAGUUGACUUAUAUUGCAAAAGUUGAUAAAAGAUGGGAUUCAGAAGAUGAAGAAGCAAACACAGAAUACUUUCAUAAAAUCCUUCAAUAUAAGGCAAUGAGAGAAUUCUUCUCAGAGUAUACUGAAGAGCAAUUCCAGAAUUUAUGUGAGAUAGUCCCUGAAGCGAAAGACUAUUUAGACAAAAUUGAAGAAGUAAUGACAAUGGAUCUUGAAUUGAUAAAAAGAUAAUGC